CAGCGCGUUAUGUUCAACACACCCUCCCAACGUCAAUCACCAAAAGUCAUCAUGAGCACAAAAUCCAUCCCGACUCUAACCCUCGAUGGAGCCCGCAUCGCCCUCGCGGCCGCCGAGCAGCGCUCAAAAGAAAUCAACGUACCAAUGAACAUCGCCGUCAUGGACAAUGCAUGCCAUCUCCUAGCAUUCGCCCGGAUGGAAGGCGCAAAACUCACAUCCAUCAACAUCGCCAUCGACAAAGCUUUCACAGCUGCAGGCCAUCGCGCGCCUACGUCUGUUUACAAAGACAACGUGUAUCCUGGUGGGCCAGCGUAUGGCAUCAAUCACAGCAACGGGGGCAGGUUCAUGACGAUUGCGGGUGGUGUUCCAAUUGUGAAGGAUGGGGUUGUUGUUGGGGCUGUGGGAUGUAGUACAGGGUUGCCGAGUCAGGAUGAGGAUGUUGCGAAGAGGGGGGUUGAGGCUGUGCAGCAGAGUUUUGGGGUUAAGGCGAAGCUAUGAGUUGGGUCAGAGAGGAAGUAGGAAGAGAAAGAUAUGGACGAUGCUGCUGAGUCGUUGUGUCUUUGCAAGCGACGACGAAAUCAUAUCUUUGAUCACGAUACUCAUUUGCAUCCAGUGUCUUCCAAAUUCGU